AUGCCAGCACAUUCCGAUGAUCAGUCAUUUCCGAAAGGUGUGCCUUUCGACGAUUAUCAACCACCGAAUUGGGAUGAGUUUUUCAUGCUCAAAGUUUAUCUAACAGCAAAAAAGUCCAAAGAUCCGCGAACUAAAAUUGGUGCUGUUCUCGUUCGAGAUCGACGUGAUCUGAUAUCAGGAUACAAUGGAAUACCUGAAGGUGUGAAAGAUCUACCGGAUAGAUUUGAACGGCCCAUCAAGUAUAUGUAUUUCGAACAUGCCGAACGAAACGCCAUUUUUACUGCUGCACGACAUGGUAUACGAACGGAAGGUGCCACAAUUUAUGUUCAAGCAUUACCAUGCGUUGACUGUGCUCGUGCAAUCAUUCAGAGUGGAAUCAAAAAGAUUUAUGUUCACAAACAGUUUUAUGCAUUAAGUACGAAAAUCAAUCGUGAGAAGUGGAUUGGCCAUGAUGAUAUAACAAUGCAAAUGUUUGAUGAAGUCAAUGUGGAAUUGGUGAUGUUAGAUCUACCUCAUCUGCAAGUCGAUGCUUAUCUUGAUGGACUGGUCUAUCGUUUAGGUUGUUAA